GUUUAUCAAGUCAACGUUUACCCCAGUGUGUAUGAGUUCACACUUUAAACUGUAAGAUCUCUAGCAGCCAAAGGCAUUGAAGAGGGCACUUGUUCCAAAUCAAUGUCAUAUUCAGCUUCCGUACCAAGAAACUGAAAUGUGAAUUUGUAUUGCAACUUUAUGUUUCAAUCCUGUUGCAUGAAAUCUAUUAGAAUUUUGGAUUGGGCCUAACUCAACCCUACAAAACAAGUCUAUAAGAUAAAGAUUGCCCCUACUUAUAAACAUAUAAUUAGGUCAUCUCUCAUUCGAUAGGGUACUCUUAACAAAAGCAACAUAUAUUUGUUAAAUUAAUUUUAUAGGUUGAUGAUUGGUAUCUACUUCAUUGCUUUUCAUUCUUGCUUCACUUUUCUUCGUCAAUUCUUUUUCACGGUUUUCACCAUUUCCUGUUUCUUCAGAGAGUUUCAAAGCACCAGUUAAACUUGUGGGCUAUUGCAAUAGUUAACAAGAAAGACAAGGACAGUAAAAUUGUGCAAAGUUGAAGGGCGUAGCAGAAAAGGCAAUGUCAAACGGUGCUCCCCAACCAAAGUAUGAUGUUUUUGUAAACUUUAGGGGCAAUGACAUCCGCGACGGCUUUCUUGGCCAUAUGGCUAAGGCUUUUUCUCGAAAGCAAAUAAAUGCCUUUGUUGACGACAAACUUAAGAGGGGCGACGACAUAUCACAUUCACUUGUUCAGGCAAUUGAAGGGUCAUUCAUUUCAUUGAUCAUAUUCUCAGAAAACUAUGCUUCUUCACAUUGGUGUUUAGAAGAACUUGUGAAAAUAAUUGAGUGCAAAGAGAAAUAUGGACAGAUAGUAAUACCUGUUUUCUACAGGGUAGAUCCUACAGAUGUACGGCAUCAAAAGAAGAGUUAUGAAAAUGCAUUUGCUGAACUUGAAAAAAAGUAUACUUCAUUGGAGGUGCAAAUAUGGAGACAAACUUUGAACAAAUCUGCUAAUUUGUCAGGAAUUAAGUCCAUAGAUUUUCGGAAUGAUGCUGAGCUACUCGAAGAAAUCAUUAAUCUUGUGUUGAAAAGGUUGAGUAAGCACCCUAUUAACACAAAAGGUCUUGUUGGAAUUGGCAAACCAAUUGCACAUUUAGAAUCAUUGUUAUGUCAAGAGUCAGAAAAGGUUCGUGUCAUUGGAAUUUGGGGUAUGGGAGGUAUUGGCAAGACAACAAUUGCAGAAGAAAUUUUUAACCAAAAGUGCUCUGAAUAUGAAGGUUGUUGUUUUUUGGCAAAGGUAAGUGAAGAAUUAGGAAGACAAGGUGGAAUGACACUUUUGAAAGAGAAACUUUUUUCUACAUUACUUGCAGAAGAUGUGAAAAUCAAUUCACCAAAUGGGCUGUCUGAUUAUAUUGAGAGAAGGAUUGGUCGUAUGAAGGUUCUUAUUGUUCUUGAUGAUGUUAAGGAAGAAGAUCAGCUAAAGAUGUUAUUUGGAACUCUUGAUUUGCUUCAAUCCGGUAGUAGAAUAAUUGUAACAACUAGAGAUAAGCAAGUACUUAUUACUAAUGAAGUUGAUGAUAAUGAUAUAUAUGAAGUUGGGGUAUUGGAUUCUAGUGAUGCACUUGAGCUUUUCAAUUUGAAUGCAUUUAAACAAAGUCAUCUUGAAAUGGAGUUCUAUGAGCUAUCAAAGAUGGUGGUGAAUUAUGCCAAAGGAAUUCCGUUAGUUCUUAAAGUUUUGGCUCAUCUACUUCGUGGAAAAGAUAAGGCAAUAUGGGAAAGUCAGCUAGACAAACUUAAAAGAAUGCCAACUAGAAAAGUUCAUGAUGUAAUGAGGCUCAGUUAUGAUGAUCUUGAUCGUUUAGAGCAAAAGUACUUUUUAGAUAUUGCAUGUUUCUUCAAUGGGUUGAGUUUGAAAGUGGAUUACAUGAAACUUUUAUUGAAAGAUUGUAAAAGUGAUAAUUCAGUGGCUGUUGGGUUAGAAAGGUUGAAAGAUAAAGCUCUUAUAAAAAUUUCUGAAGAUAAUGUUAUAUCUAUGCAUGACAUACUGCAAGAAAUGGGCCGAGAGGUUGUUCGCCAAGAAUCUAGUAAAGACCCUAGAAAACACAGUCGGUUAUGGGAUUAUGAUGACAUUUGUGAUGUAUUGGAAAAUGAGAAGGGUACUGAUGCUACUAUUAGAAGCAUACGUGGAGACUUGUCUGGAAAUAGAAAGCUGUAUUUAGGCCCUCAUGCAAUUGCUAAGAUGACCAACCUGCAAUUUUUGGAUUUUCGUGGUAAAAAUAAACCCUUUGACAUCUUAUUAUAUUUGAAAGAGAAACACGACCAAAAUUGUAUGAUUCUUCUUCCUCAAGGACUUCAAUCUUUUCCACCUGAUAUAAGAUAUCUUCAUUGGAAACAUUACCCUCUAAAAUCAUUCCCAGAGACGUUUUCUGCUGAGAAUCUUGUUAUGUUGGACUUGUCAUAUAGUCUAGUGGAAAAGCUUUGGUGUGGAGUGCAGGAUCUAGUUAAUCUAAAAGAAGUUCGACUCUCUAAUUCAAUAUUACUGAAGGAGUUACCAGACUUUUCAAAAGCCACAAGUCUUAAUGUAUUGCUUGUGUACAGUUGUCCUCGGUUGGAAAGCAUCCAUCCAUCUAUUUUCUCUCUUCAAAAGCUUGUGCAAUUGGACCUAAGUUUUUGCCGUUCCCUUGCAACAUUUACAAGCAACUCCCAUUUAAGCUCCAUCAAUUAUCUCAACCUUGGAUUUUGCAGAAAUCUUUGUAAAUUCUCAGUGACUUUGGAGAAUAUUAUUGAAUUAGAUCUAACGGCCAUUCCCAUCAAUGCACUGCCAGCAUCAUUUGGAUUUCAUAGCAAGCUAGAAACCCUGGUUUUAAAACUUAGUCAAAUUGAGAGCAUACCUUCAAGCAUCAAGAAUCUUACAAAACUAAGAAAACUAGACAUAAUAGAUUGCAAUAAGCUUCUUGCUCUACCCGAGCUUCCUUCAUCAGUUGAAACUGUACUCGUUGAAUGUCGAUUGAUUAAAACUGUAUUGUUCCCUUCAAAAGCUGUUGAACAAUUCAAGGAAAACAAGAAAAGGAUUGAGUUCUGGAAUUGCUUGAACUUGGAUGAACGUUCUCUCAUAAAUAUUGGGUUGAAUCUGCAAAUCAAUUUGAUGAAGUUUACGUAUCAACAUUUAUCGACACUGGAACAUGAUUAUGUUGAAAGUUAUGUUGAUUACAAAGAUAACUUUGUUUCUUAUCAAGCUGUUUAUGUGUAUCCUGGAAGUAGUGUUCCAGAGUGGUUGGAGUAUAAGACAACAAACGAUGACAUGAAUGUUGAUCUCUCUCCACCGCAUCUCUCCCCUUUGUUGGGCUUUGUUUUUUGCUUUAUCCUUGCUGGGGUGGUUACAUCUGAUAACCCAAUUGACUUUAAAAUCACUACAAUUGAUGCUGAGGGUUAUGGUGAAAAGGUUGGUGUCAAAAUCUACACGAAUAGGUCAGAUUUUUUCCACAUAUAUUCAGAUCAUGUGUAUAUGAUAUACGACCAUCCAAGUUCUCAGUACCUAACUAACAUAGCCAAAAAUCAGACAUGGUUUAAAAUCAAGGUUACAGCAUCGACAGAAUUCAAUGUAUUUGCAAAAAGAUCACAGUUGAAGCUAAAAGGGUUUGGCAUCAGCCCCAUAAGCCACUCAAGAUAUCACAAUCUCAUUCAACAAAUGGAAUUGUUUGAUUUUGAUGCAUCAGUUACUGCACUUUCAAUUUCCGAGGCAGGUAAAGAAGCAUAGCUUAAGGAGAUUGCAGAAGUACAUGUUGAAAAUGAGGCUAUAGGACAAGGACUUCAGAUGUCAUUGGAAGUUUUAGGUUAUCUCUAGUUUUCUUGUUUAAUUGAGAACUUCUAUAAUUGAUUUCUCUUUGUAACACAUGAAAGUGUAAGUUUAUGUUAAAUAACAAAAAUAAAAUUUGUUGAAUUCUUCAUAAGUAGAUUGUUGAUGGAGACACCAACAUGUGGUUUGUUUGUGGAAAGGGACUCAGAGACUUCAGGGGUAUGCUUAACUUUUUUUUCUUUCCAACAUGUGCUUAAAAUUCAUAAUAUAUAUACCACU